AUGACUCCUCAACAGAAGGCUAAUCUGCCCAAGGGACAGAGCGAAGAAGACCCAAGAGUGUGGAUGCAGGAGUGGGGGAAGAAAAUGAAGCCCAUAGUCCAAAGGAGACGCUCCACCUCUUCUGCCAUUAGCAAAGCUCUCAACAAGUCCAAAUCCCAUUCCAGGGAAAUUACUCUUUCCUCAUCGCACCCAGACAAUGGGCUACCAACCGGAGCUUUUAGUAACCCAAAUUCUGUUUUCAUCUUGGAUGAGAGGGUACAACUUACCAUGGGACUGCAGACCCAGGAGAGACAUUUGUUCCUCUUCAGUGACAUGCUGGUCAUUGCCAAGUCCAAGUCCUCCUCCAGCUUGAAGCUGAAGAAGCAGGUGCGCCUGAGUGAAGUAUGGACAGGUUCUUGUCUCAAUGAAGUGUCCGAGAAAAAGAUGAGCCCUGAGAAUUCAUUUGUCAUUGGCUGGCCUACCACCAACUCUGUUGUCUCCUUCAGCUCAUCUGAAGAGAAGGAGCGCUGGCUCUCAACAUUACUGUGGCAAAUCAAUGAGAUGAAACAGAAUGAAUAUCCAAAAAACCUACCGGUCCAAAUCCUCCUUCUGGAUGCUGACAACUGUACUUCUACCACUACAAUAAAUGUGUCCAACACAGAAACGGCAGACAAUGUGAUCAAGAAGACAGCUAAUCAGCUUGGACUUCCUGGUAGACCAAGUGACUACCACCUCUGGGUGAUAUCAGGAAAGGAUGACCCUGCUUAUCCCCUUAUUGGUCAUGAGCAUCCUUUCAGCAUCAUACUGAGCUGCCUCCGAGACUCUGUUGACCAGCACCAAGGAACCAACAACAACACACUCCUAGCUGAUGGGACGGAGGCUACCAUCCUGGAUCAGCUUCCCAAGGACAGGCAGUGUCAGUUCAUCCUGAAACCCAGACCCCAAGCUCCAAGGCAGCUGAGGAGAGAAUCCUUGCAGAAACAUACCAAGAGGAAGAAAUCUUUGAUUGACUGGGCUUUGCGCCGGACUACCAGCACCCCCACGGGCAGCCCAGCAUCACAUUCUCCCCCCACCCCACGGAAACUCUUCGGCCUGUCUUUGUCCUCUGUGUGUCCUGAUGGAAUCCUCCCCAAGCCUAUUAUGGACAUGCUGCUUCUGCUGUACCAUGAAGGUCCCUCCACAAGGGGCAUUUUCAGGCGCUCCGCCAAUGCCAAGAUCUGCAAGGAACUGAAAGAGAAAUUGAACUCUGGAGAUGAUGUUCAGAUGGAUGGCGAGUCAGUCUUUGUAGCUGCAGCAGUCAUCACUGAUUUUCUACGAAAUAUACCUGAUAGUGUUCUAUCCUCAGACAUGCACGGGCUGUGGAUGGAAGCCGUGGACACAGUAAAUCGAGGGCAUAAGAUUGAAGCCAUCAAAAGUUUGGUGAAGCAGCUCCCAGAAGCCAACCUCAUUUUACUCAGACACCUGUUUGGAGUCCUGCAUCAUAUUGAGCAGAAUUCAGGGGAGAAUCAGAUGAAUGCAUUUAACCUGGCUCUUUGCAUAGCUCCCAACAUGCUAUGGCUUCCUAGCCCCACUGGGCCUGAAGAGGAAAGCAGGUCUACAAAAAAGGUGGCCAUGUUAGUGCAGUUCCUGAUUGAAAACUCAGCAGAAAUUUUUGGAGGUGACAUCACUUCGCUGUUUCAAAGACCAGACAAAGAAAAGUCAAAAAGCUCAAAGGAUUUCCUGGGUAUUGGCAUGGCUCAGCACAACGAUUCCUCUGAUGAGAUGGAGUUUGCUGCCUGUGACCAGGAAAGACCAAAGCAUCAUCGCGUGCCUGAAGCCGUCUCCAUGUUUGACCCGUCCAAUGGUUUGUUACUUGAAGAGGAGCAGGAAGACUGGGAUCUGUUUAGUGAGAUCACUGCCUGCUACCAAAGCAAAACCAGGAAGAAUGCCAGCGCAGACAGCUAUGACCUCCUAGAGGAAGAGGGUUCCUUCUGCUCCAUUGACUCGAUACGUUCACUGAGUCCUGCGAGGGAUCGGUGCUCUUCUGAGCCCAGUGUCUGCCUCAGCUCUCAGCUCCCCGCCCAGUGCCAUGAGCCGGUGGCCCGCCAGUCCAGCUGUGAUGCCACCAUCAUGCAUAGUCACAAUGAUUACAUCCAGAGGCUCAAGCAGCUGCAGCUGGAGAGCCAGAAGCUGAUUGAUGAAGGCCUGAGCCCUGGGCUGAAUAAGACCAGGCAGAAUUUCUGGCAAUCACCUCAGACCAGCUCUAGGGUGAAGAAGCUCAGCCUUCAGAAAACCAGCCUGUCCAACAGGUCCAGCUUCUCCAGCCUUUCCUCGACCACCACUUCCCCUUCAGCCUCCUCACUAAGCUCCUUAGACAGUGCUUUCUCCUACUGCUCUGAGUCCUCAGCCUUCAGCCCCACAGAUGUCUCCUCCCUGCCUUUCAUGUUUGGCACUUCCACCCGACUCCAUGCUUUGUCUCCAAAGACAGCACAGAGGUCCCUGAAAGAAUGGAAAAAGCCCUUGACAUCUCCUUUGCCCUUGAACCCUUGUGACUUGGACUCAUGGAGCAAGUAUGAGCAGAGGGACAUGGGGAGCAGUCAUAGCAUUGGGGAAGUGAAGGGCUUUGUGCCCAUCAAUGGGGCAGCCAUGGGAAGCCUGUUAAAUGAGAGUGACUGGGAGGACGAGGAAAGACAAGUGAGAUGUGCCAGAGGCUCUGGACAAGCUCUCAGAAAACAAUGUUAUUUCAAGGAGUCUGAAUGUAAAACAGACCCCCCCACUCAUAUCCCAACCAAUGAGAGCUCAUCAGCGAUUGGCCAGCAAGGGCCCAGGGAGAAAUCAGUUAAGCACAUUGAGAUAAAAGGCCCAGAGGUUUGCCCUCCCAGGCAGGAAAGCCUGAAGCGCACCAAGAUAACCUUUUACAUGGCCCCAAAUAAAGGAAGCCCACAGGGGUCUCCAAUGGAACAGGAGGAUGAGGGUUUCUCAGUGAACGUCCAUAGCACCAAAUCAAACAGCAGCAGUGACCAAAACACGUCCAAGAGCCAACAAACAGUAAGAGUCCAUAUACCCCAGACAGUGUUCUAUGGGCAGAACACCCCUUUGGUGCUGCAGUCUGUCUCCAGGAGAUACCAUCAUGAAGCAACGAGCCAGCGGCUGCAGGUGGAGUGCAAAGAGACUCCCCAAAGCAUUCCCCCUGCAGAGGGGCUGACGGACGAUGCUCAGCAUGUGGCAUCUGCCAAAAGCCACAGAAAGAGCGUCAACGCCUUCAGCCACACCAUCCGCAUCAUCCUCCCGGCCUCCAUCCGCAACACCGUCAGGGAAUACUUCAAGCACGAUGAGGCUAAGAACUGCCAUGCAGCAGAUGCAGAAGCUGUGGAGAGCGAACUCAUCCGGGGCAGGGUGGAGUGGCUCAAAAGCCAACCACACACGGAUGCAUCUCCAGAGGAGUGCAAGACAGUGGCAUUUGCAGAAGAGACAUUUGUCUAG